GUACUCUCGAAUCGUGGAUACAAACGACACUUCAAAAAAUGGGUUUCUCAUCGACUUCUCAGCCGCUCCUCAACCACCGCCUCCUCCAUAGCCUCUCUCCGCCACCUCCUCUCUCUCCAAAAUAAUCAAGCACUCUUUUCUCUCCAUUACACUCCUCUCUCUCAAGAAAUCACCAGAUCUGUUGCUCAUACAGAAGUUGUAACAACUCCAACAGAUCCACCUCUCAAGGUUAAAAACUCUCAAGAGCCUGAAUUUGAGCUUUGAGCCUGAACUGUAUUCGAGCCUGAAUUAACACCGCUACCACAAUCGGUGCCACCUCUGUCACCCGAAAGAUUUGAAAUUGUCACUUUGUCAUGGAUUCAGCGAAAGUGAAAGCAGAUUCUGCAGCAUUUGAAGAGAGGAUGAGGCGGACUGUUUACGUUGACAACCUUUCGCCUCAAGUCAACGAAAGUAUUUUGAAAUCAGCGUUCGAUCAAUUUGGGAAUGUCCAGAAAGUUGAGUUUUUUCCAAACUUUGCAGAAGAAAGUAACAUGCCACACUGUGCAUUGGUGGAGAUGGACUCUCCAGAGCUGGCCAAAGAACUUGUACAGGCAAUGAGUAAUCAACCCUUCAUGAUUUUUGGGAUGCCGAGGCCUGUUAGGGUAUGCGCUGCUGAAAUGGAGAUGUUCGAGGAUCGCCCACAAAAGCUUGGGACGAAGAUCACUUGCCAGUGGUUAGAGCCACAGAACCCUGGUUUCACUAUUGCGAAGAAGCUUAAGGAGUUGACAAGGAGACAUGCAGCUGAAGCCUCAUUCUUGCAUCAGUAUCAACUGGAAGAGGAAGAGAAGCUUGCAAAGCAACAAGCAGAGACCCUUGAGGCAAAUUAUAAGAAGUAUGAGUUGAUAGAAAAAGUACUCAAGGAUGGCACCGCAAAAAGGUUGGGUCAUCAUUAUGGCAUCAACAUAUUUAAUGCUUGAGAGCUUCUCUGGUUCCCCAUAUUUUUGCAAGUCAACUCAUUUUUCAUAUGUUCUGUGCUAGUGUAAUGGAUCCAGCUCUUUUGGAAAAUGAACAUUUUGGGUUUUGUUGCUAGGAUCAUCUGCGGUAUCUCUCAUGAUCUGUCCUUUUGGCUCUGGGUGUCUUUGGGUUUCUGACCUUGUAGUGGAGCUGUGAAUAUAAUCAUGGUUUAGUACCCUUGUACUGGAUGUUUUACUGAUCUUUGUAUAAAUCUGCCCUACUUCCUGAUG